GGAUAUAAGAAGUGAGGGGCUAGGUACAAACACUUCACAAGCGUUGCUCACGCCACUGACGGUAUCGGGCAAACCAAGCAAAGUUGCAGAUGUCGUGGACCAAACUGAUUUGUAUCCUUAUCGCUAGCGUCUUCUCUCAGCUUACCAAUGGAGUAAUUCCACCAGACCCACAAUGUGGAAAAGCUAAGAUAUGCUGGCCUACACAAUGUCCCGUUGGGGGAUGUGUCGGCUUCCUGAUCAGUUGGUGGAACACUAACUUGGAUUAUCUGCGGUUUGAGAUGAAGAUGGAAUUUGUCCCAUCAGGCGAGCACUAUAUCGCCCUUGGGUUCUCCGGAAACAGUCUUAUGCCGGACAGCAGUAUAGUGAUGUGCCGAAGUGAUGCCAAUGUACAGCUUGGAUACACACAGGGUCGCACAUACGCGCCUGGAACAGACUUGUAUGGAAUUCAGAACACAUCAUUUGCUGUUACAAAUAACAUAACCACAUGCUCCUUUGAUCGAAUCAAGAAACCCAUCCGGAACGUGGCUCAACUUAGGUCUCUGACCGAUCCGUUCUUCCUGAUUCGGGCAUGGGGGGCGGUAAGAGGUGGUGUACCUGCUUACCACAACAACAACCGAGGAGUCUCCCCCAAUUCAUACUCUUAUCCUGUCAUGACGGGCUCAGGACACAACAUAAAACCAGCAUUUGUAUCCCUCUGCGCUUGUCUCAUCGGCACCUGGCUGUCCUAUAUGCUACAUUAGGAUUACCAGUGGGAUUUGAACCAAAAGUUCACCAGAUUGCCAGCCAACCAUUUACGGGAAACAAACAUUUUCACAAAUCAUACUAAUAGAGAGUUAAGUGAGAUGCACAAAAAAAUGUGUUUCGCAAUAACACAAUAUAACGCUGAUAUUUCGCGGAGGAAUACAUUUGGUAGAUUAAAAUUAUAAUUAAUAAAUACAAAAACAUAAAUAAACCCCAAUAUUUGGGCGUCUUUCGAAAAAGAUAAUUAGGUCUUUUGACUACAUCUAUUUCUAGGAAUUUCGCCUACAUGUAACUAAAGACGAGUUGUCAAAAAAUAACAGCAAAAACAAAGGCCGUUUAAACCGGAAUCGUCUUCAUCUGCAUGAUACGAAAGGUAUACUCUAUAAAUAUAACUAAAUGAAUCUAUAAAUGUAUGUAUAUUAUUGUGUACCAAAGUAAUUAAUGAAUUAAUGUUUAAAUUGCGGGUACGUUCUCCAAUGCAUUUAUGAUCUUUACAAUUGAAGCGAAGUGUCUUGAGUUGAAUUCAUGAAGAGCCUUUGAUCCCUAGCCAGCCGAAGACUUUUGAGAUGGACGAAUCUUUGAUCUCUAGCCAGCCGAAGCGUCUUGAGUCGGAUUUAUGAAAAGCCUUUGAUCCCUAGCCGGCCGAAGCGUCUUGAGAU